CCAAAAAAAAAAAAAAAAAAAAAAACCCGCACCGAAUUCAGCGCAAUUCCGCUUUAAGCUCUCCGCCGAGGAGUGGACCAGAAACAAGCAUGUGUGUAAACGCAUAAAUGUGGUCUCUUCUCCUGCCAGCACGCCGUGUACCAACGGCUGCUCUGAGUCAUUUUGGCAAGACGUCCAUUUUCAAGGAGGAGGGAAAAAAAGAAGCAGUAAAGGCUGCCAUGAUUUUAUUCCCAGCGACUUCGGACGUGUAAAGCAGCCAUCCCCGCGUGGAGGAGGAAACACCGCGAUUCAGCAGAUGGUGCGGUUUGAUGGGGUUUUUUAAUUUUUCCCCCUUUUUAAAUUUGCGUCCAUCUUUCUUUGAACGACGCACGAGCUCGACGGGCCGCUUUAAGGGCGGGAUGGUGAUGGACAACAAAACAGAAACGAGCUGCUGGGAUUUUUUAAAUUUUUGUAGCGAGCUUGGGCCUUGAGUCUCUUGUCGUUGGGUUUUGUUUUUAAUUUGGUUUUGUUUUAAACAAACAAACAAACAAACAAACAAAAAAAUGCCAGCUCGAUGCACACUGAGUCCUGGGCUCGUCGGAUGGGAGGUGGCGUCAAAACAUGUCCACACACAUCGAUGAGAAAAUGGCCAGGAAACGAGCCGAAGGAUUCGUCAUGAUCAAAUAACGGCGAUGAACCAUCAAAAGGGACGUGUAUGACACCGAUUAUCCUGUUUUCUAGCACUGUUUUGAGUAAUGACAUGACUGUGGGACCUCGACAUGACUUUUUAAAAAUCUGUGUUUCAUUUGUUUUUCUUUUGCGUCUCCUCUUCUUCAUUUUUUGAUAGCCAGAUAUCAUCCACCUCCCUAUUUUUUAAAAGCUGGACCAAUACACUGACGCUUUAUUUUUUUGCUCCAGUAAGACAGGACAGAGGCUUGAAGAGACUCUCGGGUCGUUGUUGUAGUUGAGGCGGCGACGCGCCUGCUGUUUUUUUUUUUUUUUUUUUAGACAUAAACAUUUUAACAUUUUAAAGAGCGCGUCGGGGCCGCUCCGGGCCGGAAAAUCUCUCAUCCGCACUAACAUGCCAUCAGACAGCAAAUAAAAAAGCAUUGUAGUCUGUCUCGGGCCGUUUCUGCCUGCUGUGAACCCUAUACCUUUAUUCCCUGAGUAACAAGUAACGAUAACAGGCCUGCAGGUCUCCUAAGAUAACAUAAUAAUAAUAAUAAUAAUAAUAAUAAUAAUAAUAAUAAUAAAUGUCAACACAAUAAUCCGCGCGUUCCUUUUUUAAUUCUGGCGCACACCAUACGCAUGUAGUGAAAGAUGUUCAAGAACCGGAUCCGCAUGUUUUUCAACGAGCUGAAGCUCCUGGUGUUCAUGCGGUCCGGUCCUCGGCAGCCCGGCGUGGACGCAGGCACAAGCAUGCGGGGCCUGGGCGCUAUGGGCGGCUGCGGGUGGCGUGCGUUUUCCCGCUGCACCGGUGACCACGACCACGAUGCUGAGGAGUACUACGGUAGCGACGCGGGCGCGAGGCGGAGCGCGGCGGCGGCGGGACUGGACGAGCUGGACGCGCGGAUGCACGCGAACGCGGACACCGUGUCCCUGAGCAGCGGAACCCGCACACCCCAGUGCCGCAUCUGCUUCCAAGGACUUGAGCAGGGGGAGCUGUUGAGUCCCUGCCGCUGUGACGGCUCAGUGCGCUGCACCCAUCAGCCGUGUCUCAUCCGCUGGAUCAGCGAGAGAGGCUCCUGGAGCUGCGAGCUCUGUUACUUCAAAUACCAAGUGCUGGCCAUCAGCACCAAAAAUCCCCUACAGUGGCAGGCCAUCUCUCUGACCGUGAUCGAGAAGGUACAGAUCGCCGCCAUCAUCCUCGGCUCGCUCUUCCUCAUCGCCAGCAUCUCGUGGCUGGUGUGGUCGUCGCUCAGCCCCUCGGCCAAGUGGCAGCGGCAGGACCUGCUCUUCCAGAUCUGCUACGGCAUGUAUGGCUUCAUGGACAUCGUGUGCAUAGGCCUCAUCAUCCAUGAGGGUUCAUCAGUCUACCGGAUCUUUAAGCGCUGGCAAGCUGUCAAUCAGCAGUGGAAGGUAUUGAACUAUGAAAAGGCCAAGGACUUGGGGGAGCCGAUUAGCUCGAGCAGUAAGGCGACGGCGCGUGGCUCGCGCUCCAAUCCUCACAGCCUGGGCAGUGGCAGCAGGAGGAAUCAGCGCAUUCGGAGGCUCAGGACUAUCCUCAACCACCACUGCGGCUACACCAUCCUGCACAUCCUGAGUCAGAUCAGGCCCACUGAGGCACGCCUCGCCUCCAACUCCAACCGCGAGGUGGUCAUGAGGGUCACGACCGUAUGAGGCUGGGGGUGCACUCGCUCCGCGCUGCUGAGACACGGUGUGCAGAGACUCGCUCUGAGCAGCGGCUGUGUCGUGACUCAUCAGAUGACGUCUCGCUCUUGUUUCCCGAGCUGAGCGAAACACGCACUUGUCAUUAAUGAGAAUUUUAACACUGGAAUUACAUGGUUCAUAAAAAAGAAACACUCAAGAAAGGGAACUCUCUUCGUGAUCUGGCACACAAGCGCAUUUUUAUUUCGUCUCCUCUCUGGUGUCGUUUUAUACCACUAUGGUUUUUACUAUGUUUCAUUUUCUAAGAGCGUGUGGUUUUAUGAACGGACGCUGCUGUACUGAAUAUAAUGGCUUAAAACAAAAAAACAAAAAAAAAAAAGGACAGUGAUGUUUACCGAUGCUUCGAUUGAGCAAGAGAAAAAAAAAAAAAGAAAAAAUAACCAUAACCAAACCGUGACAAAGGCACAACAACCAGGGAGCAAAGAAUUCUUUACAAUAUACCAAUAAAUACAUUUAACAAGAAUAUCAUGAAGGGUAGGGUGCAAUAAGAUAAACAAAGGGAUUAUACAGAGUGUUAAGUACAUUCAUAUUUAAAGGAUUGGAUUUUUCUCUGCAAUAAAGAUACCUGUACAUUUUGCAGUGAACUUUGCAUGAGGGUAAAGUUUUGUGCCUCCUCGUCAUGAGGAUAUGAUGAAUCUGUUUUCAUUUCGAAUGGUGCUUGUUUUAAUAAACACUGCUAUUCAUCA